UUGGUUGGCCCAUCAACGGCAUCGCGGUCGAUUCGAUCCAUGCUCUUCACUCAGUUCGUUGUUUUCCGGCGACGCGUGUGGAAGUGUUCUAAUCCGUGGCUAUCCGCGUGUGGUUCAAGUUGUUUCGAUCGUGCAUCAGUCAGUCAGUCAGUGGUGAAUGUUGGAGGAAAUAUAAAGAUAGAUUUUUUUUUCUCUCCUUCCUGUUGUGCUGUUAUAUCGGGAGAAGCAACAGCAAUCGAAACGGUACACCGCAGCGAGAGUGCAGUCAGUGAAUUUACCCCACGGGUGAAGCCAGUCGAUGUGAAAAUCGUCAUAGAAAAUUGUGUGUGCGGUAGCUCGCUCUAUCGAAGAAAGGGUAAAAAGUGAACUUUUUUACGCAGUUUAUACGGGAAUCCUGUAAAUUGUGCUUUUUGUGGAAAAAGAAAGUGUUAUAACCGAGAACAACAAUUUCUGCCUAUGAAAACGAUACAAGUGUGAGGUGAAGAAAAAGAAGAAGAAAAAAGGGGGAUACAGUGAACGUGUGGAAUAGUGAGUAAACUUGGUGGAACAAGAAGAUAAUUAGCAGCAAUGGCAGCGCCAGUAGCACCAGUUAAAAAAGUACCGAUCCAUCUACAGAGUGCACAAAACCGACUCUACAUCAAACGGGGUCACGUGGUAAACCACGAUGGAAUGCAACAGGCGGAUAUCUACAUCGAGGACGGAACUAUCAGAUAUGUCGGCUCCGGUGCAGACUUCGUCGUCCCGGGAGGCUGCCGCACGAUAGACGCUACCGGAAAGAUGAUUAUACCCGGUGGUAUCGAUCCGCACACACACUUCCAGCUGGAGUUUGGCGGCACCGUUGCGGUGGACGAUUUCUACCAGGGAACCAAGGCUGCCGUCGCCGGUGGAACCACCACAGUCAUUGAUUUCGUCAUUCCGAAAAAGGGCGAAUCGCUCCUGGAAGCGUACGACACAUGGCGGGCACGUGCCGACUCGAAGGUGGUCUGCGACUACGGGCUGCACGUGGCCAUUACCUGGUGGUCCAAGUCGGUUCGCGACGAGAUGAAAAUCCUGUGCCAGGAGCGUGGCGUCAACUCGUUCAAGUGUUUCAUGGCCUACAAGGGCCUGUUCCAGGUGACCGACAGUGAACUGUACGAGAUUUUCGAGACGUGCAAAGAGCUCGGGGCGGUGGCACAGGUACACGCCGAGAAUGGAGACGUCAUCGCGAAGAACGUACAGAAGCUGCUGGCCGCGGGCGUUACCGGACCGGAAGGUCACGAGCUGUCGCGCACCGAGGAAGUGGAAGCCGAGGCGGUGAACCGGGCUUGCGUGAUUGCCCAUCAGACCAAUUGUCCCCUGUACGUAGUGCAUGUGAUGAGCAAAUCGGCCGGAAUCGAGCUUGCACGUGCUCGCCGCCGGUACAACGGUGUAGGUAUCUACGGUGAAACGCUGGCCGCCGCCCUUGGCACCGAUGGCACGCACUACACCGACCAGUGCUGGCAUCACGCGGCCGCGCAUGUCCUCAGCCCUCCGCUCCGUCCGGAUUCGACGACACCGGAAUUUUUGAUGAAACUGCUCGCCCAGGAUGAUCUGCAAACAACCGGCAGUGACAACUGCACCUUCAACAAGAACCAGAAAGAACUCGGUCGUGACGACUUCACCAAAAUCCCGAACGGCGUCAACGGAGUCGAAGACCGGAUGUCCGUCGUCUGGGAGAAGGGUGUCCAAACGGGACUGAUCGACCCGCAGCGGUUCGUUGCCAUCACCAGUACAAAUGCGGCCAAAAUCUUCAACGUGUAUCCCAAAAAAGGCCGCAUCGCGCCGGGCUCGGAUGCGGACGUACUCAUCUGGGACCCGAAGGCCGUGCGCACCAUUUCGGCCGCCACUCACCACCAGGCAUGCGACUUCAACAUCUUCGAGGGUAUGAAGUGCCACGGCGUCCCGGAGUACGUGAUCGUUCACGGACGGGUAUGCGUCGAGAAUGGACUACUCCGGGUUGCGGAAGGUCAGGGUUCGUUCCUGGAAACGCCGGUCAAUCCACCGUUCGUUUACGAUGCGCUGAACGGUAUCAAGAACCGUAACGGAGAUGACAAGGAGGCUCGCAAUGGGCUGCAGAGUUUGGAUUUGAACCAGAAGCACGAGGUGGACGUUCCGGAUACGUAUGCUUUGCCGGAAAAGUACGUUCCUGGACCUGCGCUGAGCAUCGUCUCCGGCGAUUCGGCAGUCAGUACGCCGCACAGCGCGCGAGGUCAUCGGCCCGAUGGAACCAAGGAUAUGCAGCAGUCGACGUUCUCGAUCAGCGAGGAAAUGGACACCAGCGGCAAUCGUGCAUGCAUCCGCGUGAAGAAUCCACCCGGUGGCAAAUCAUCCGGUUUCUGGUAAACCAAUCGGUCUCCAAGUUACUAUACUCUGGUAGAUAAUGGACAAUGGAUUCUUCCAAAAAUCGACAAAUUAUUUAUUACCAAUCAAGCGUACCGACCUCGGUUUUAGAGAGCUAAGAUCACGAAACCAAAUUAAUGAUAAUACUGGAACAAACUCAGAUAACCUACUAAGUAACAGACCAUAACUCUUCAUAUCCUGGAGUGAGUGUGGGGGAUAUCGAAGGUGUCUCCAAAACGGCGCGCGUUGAUUUGAUACAGCUUCUAUCGAUGUAGCGUAAUAAGAUUUAAACAUGUAGAAACAGCAUGUUGAAACUCAAACCAAAUUAGUAAGCGUACCGAUUUAAGUGUAGCUAAAAACAAUAUGACAAAAUAAUUAACUUACAAAAUAAUAACUCUACCGUACUACUAAAAUAAACGAAAUCACUAAAAACCCAAAUAGAUGUUCCGUCUAGUUCUCAAAGCUCCGAAUAAUUUGUAAUCAGGAAGGUAACUUAUUUUAAUUUAUUGCAUCGCAAUAAAAGUGUCGUAAAUCAACCGGAAACCGUUGUUGUUGUAACAAAUAAUCAAACAAUUUCCAGGCAGGCUGACAAAUGUGCAAUCCCUUUUUCCAAGUUUCCCGAGUGAAAUUUAGAGAGCUUAUCACAUUCACAUGCACUCGAACACACACACACAAACCUCAAUUCACCAACACUCACAACAUGCGCACAACACCAUCAUCACACACUUAGCUUGAAUCGAUUCGGGCCUUUGGAAACCAUAAGUAAGAGUAAAUUAUUUCUAUAUUUAAUGAAUGAAAAAACAAUCGAAAAGUGCUCCUUUCCUAAAUACAAUUCGUUGCGAUUAAGUUUCAUCCCAUUCACGGCUUAGUGAAAUUUACAUAACAAAAAAAAAAGAAUAUUAAAUUCACGCGAAACAAAACUAACAAGUGAACGUUAUGAUGAAACAACUCAUUGAAUUAAAAGAUUUAUUCUCUAUCUGCGUAUAGUUGCUUAGCUUUAUAACUUGAUAUUAACCUAAAACUGUUUGUGGCGUUUAGCUAUAUCGGAAUGCAAUUUAUUGUUUUAGGUUUUUUUUAUUAUUACCAGUAGACAGGCAGUAAUGCACUAUUGUAUUGACUAACGCGAACGUGAAGUGUAACUUAAGUUAGCUUAUCUAGAGUGACUCUUGUAAUCGUGGAAUCGAAAAUAAAAAUUGUACUACACCUAUGGGCAGUAGAAGGUA